CAGAACAAAUCUCUCCUUCCUGGCACUUAGUCCUAUUGAGCUCGCAAAGCAUUCCAUCAUAUCAACAUGGCGGUAGAAUUCAUCAGUGUCACCCCUCCUAACGCCUCAACUGAAUUGGUUCCCAUUCCUAAUGCAGGUAUCGAUCCGGACUUCCUCAUUCGGUACUCAAGGGCACUUGAUGAUUAUGGCUUCAACUACACACUGAUCCCAUAUGACUCUUCCUCAUUUGAUCCCUUCACAAUAGGCGCAACUAUCGUCUCUGUAACUAAAAACAUCAAAGUCAUCAUCGCGCUCCGACCAAACACACUUUACCCAACUGUCGCAGCAAAAGCUUUAUCUACGCUUGAUCAACUUAGCUCAGGCCGAGUUGUCGUUCAUUUCAUAGCUGGUGGUAGCGAUGCCGAGCAAGCAAAGGAAGGCGACUUUCUGAGCAAGGAAGAGCGAUAUGGACGACUUGAAGAGUAUAUCCGCAUUCUUCGUCGAGCAUGGGAGUCCGCAGAUCCCUUCGACUGGGAUGGAAAGUACUUUCAAUUCAAGCAGUUCAGCAAUCGUGUUCGUCCCACCAAUGGUACCAUUCCGGUUUCAGUUGGUGGAUCAUCGGACGAGGCUUACCGCGUGGGCGGCUCACUUGCUGAUAUAUUUGGAUUGUGGGGAGAGCCAUUGAAGGAGACGAAAGAGCAGAUCGAUCGAAUCUACGCUGAGGCAGAGAAGGCAGGUCGAACUGAUCGCCCACGGAUUUGGGUCACUUUCCGUCCCAUCACUGCUGAAACCGAUGAUCUCGCCUGGGAGAAGGCGCAUCGGACCCUGGAUGCUUUGAAGGGAAAUCGAGCCAAGGGACAAGGCAAAGUGCCAGCUGAUGCACCACCACCGCAGAAUGUAGGCUCUCAGCGACUGCUUGAUAUCGCCUCUCGUGGAGAGGUUCAGGAUCGAGCUCUUUGGUAUCCUACUGUGACAGCGACGAACGCCAGAGGAGCAUCAACCGCGUUGGUUGGCUCGUACCAGACUGUUGCAGACUCGCUUCUGGAUUAUGUCGAUCUUGGUGCCACACUCAUAUCCAUCCGUGGUUAUGACAACUUUAAUGAUGCUGUUGACUACGGGCGAUAUAUCUUGCCAAAGGUGCGCGAAGGCCUGAAAGAACGAGGGCAGAAUGGAGGAAGCGCCCACAAUGGAGAGAGUGUCCAAAAUGGAAGCAGCUCAUAGAUGAUAUGGCCAGGUAGCCCGGGGUCAAUAUUCGGACUUUGGGCUAUAGACUGUUUGGGAGCAUCAUGGAAUGACGAAACGACUUUUGGGGUUGUUUUGGUAUUGGAAGGACAAGAGGCGCAUACACGUGAGGGAAUGGAAGAACAAUGAGCCUUGCAGCGAAAUAGUCGGUAGAACAAUAAAGAGUAUC